AUUACAACUGUGUGGCAGCCAUGUUUAUCAAAACUAACGGCCCCACGUUUUCUUCUACUGUUAUUCAGCGACUGGCGCAGACACUGGUGCCCUCUGUUGGAGACAAUUAGUAAGCCGAGAAGUAAGAAUAUGUAAACAGUGACCUACUGAAUAAUAAAACAGAUAUACUAAAGAUAUACUUAAUACCAUGAGACAUGACAACAAUUUGGUGCAAAGCUUACUGCCUUUUAUUUUUAUUAUUAUUUUUUUAAAAAUCGUAUUUUAUUUUUCACCGACAGGCAGGGCUGCAUUGAAACUGCUGAUGCCAACGAGUGGUACUGUAAACAUACGGAGAUGUUUACUAUACAUUCAGUAAGGCUGGGAGGGCCAUCGUUUAGGUGACGUUGCAGUAGUGUGGGAUGAUGGGAGAUGGAGUUGUGGCUAUUCCAAAUGUUCGAGGUAUUAAGCUGAGGUUGGAAAUAGCGAACAAUAUCUGUAAACCCUACGUUGACUCACAUCCUCAAUUUUGCUCAAUACUAUUUUGAUGUAGUUAGAAUGUAAUGUAUCACCAUCAGAAAACGUUGUUAAAAUUCAAACUUAUUGUUUUUUGAUUCCUUUGUUAUUUUUUAUUAUUUUGUAAUAUAUACAUGUAAUAUAGAUAACUUACUUACGAAAAUAUUUGAAUAUUUUACGACUUUAUAACGAAUGAAUGCUGUUAUUUUUCUCUGUUUUUUUUUUCAGGCCUUCCCGCUUUACAAUACGAAACAGUGACUGCAUAUCCCAGAAGCCUCUGCGCACUACAAACGAUGUCACCUGAUAAUGAAGGAGAACUAGAAUGCUAAUGUUUACCACCAGUGGACUGUCAAUAAUGUUAUCACCUGGUUAAUUCUGUCGAUAAGUUUACGCCAUGAAAAGAGAGAAGUCGAUAACAGCGCUGGCCUCAUGACUGCUUCUGUUAUUCAGUGUUUUGUUUUCAGUGUGUUCGUUGGUUUCCAGACAGACAACUGCCAACACUUCAGAGCACAAUUUGAGAGUAAAGUUGUGCAGUCCAAUUGCAUCAAUGGAAUGGGUGUUCGUCAUGAAUCGGAUGAGCUCUCAGAGUAGUGCUGCAGCCCAGCGGAGGCGGAUGGUUCUAGGGGUGCUGAUACUCCUGCUGGUAGACAUCAUCUGGGUCGUCUCCUCUGAGCUGACAUCCUACAUCUUCAAGCAGCAGGAGUACAACAAACCCUUCUUCAGUACAUUUGCCAAAACCUCCAUGUUUGUACUUUACCUGCUGGGCUUCCUGCUGUGGCGCCCCUGGAGGCAGCAGUGCACUGGCACUCUGAAACGCAAGAACUCUGCAUUUUUUGCAGAUGCUGAGGCCUACUUUGCAUCCUGCACCACUGACAGCUCAGUGAAUGACAGUUUGAGUGAGCCGCUGUACGUACCAGUCAAGUUCCAGGACGUGCCUGCAGAUCACUCAAACUGUUUGAUUGGAGAAUGUGAAUCCUCCACGUCCAAAAAGCAGCGUGUGCGCUUCAGUAACAUCAUGGAGGUGAGACAGCUGCCCUCCACCCAGGCUCUGGAGGCCAAGCUGUCCCGCAUGUCCUUCCCCGCUGCCAAGGACCACGAAGCAAUGCUGCGGUCGGUGGGCAAGCUGACCAUCACUGACGUGGCCAAGAUCAGCUUCUUCUUCUGUUUCGUUUGGUUCCUGGCCAACCUGUCCUACCAGGAAGCUCUGUCUGACAUGCAGGUGGCGUUUGUCAAUAUUUUAUCAUCCACCUCAGGCCUCUUCACACUCAUCCUUGCAGCCAUAUUCCCCAGCAACAGCAGUGACCGUUUCACCCUGUCCAAACUCUUAGCUGUGGUUCUGAGCAUAGGAGGAGUGACUCUGGUCAGUUUCUCCAGCAUGGAAAACUCUGAAGAGAACGGUUUCAUAGGUUCUCUGUGGUCAUUGGCUGGAGCCAUUCUUUAUGCCGUCUACAUUGUGAUGAUCAGGAGACGAGUGGACCGAGAGGACAAGCUGGACAUUCCCAUGUUUUUUGGUUUUGUUGGUUUGUUCAACCUGCUGCUGUUAUGGCCGGGCUUCCUCCUGCUUCACUACACAGGCUUCGAGGCCUUUGAACUCCCCAGUCAGCUGGUGUGGACGUACAUCAUCAUCAAUGGGCUGAUCGGUACCGUCCUGUCAGAGUUCCUCUGGCUGUGGGGCUGUUUCCUCACGUCGUCUCUGAUUGGCACGCUCUCCCUGAGCCUGACUAUCCCACUCUCCAUCAUGGCGGACAUCUGUAUGCAGAAGGUGCAUUUCUCGUGGCUGUUUUUCGCCGGUGCGGUUCCCGUCUUCCUGUCCUUCAUCACUGCCACGAUCCUGUGUCACUUCAACAACUGGGACCCAGUCCUGGUGGGACUACGGAGAGUUUACGCCUUCCUCUGCAGGAAACAGCGAAUUCAGAGACUUCCAGAAGACAGCGAGCAGAGUGAAAGCCUUAUUCCCCUCCACUCUGUCUCUCACAGUGAGGACGACCUCUGUUCAUGAUCCAACAUCCACAGUGGUGAACGUGGAGACCGCCGAUCGGACAAUCUGGACAUUUUCAGAGACAUUGUCACCACAGUGCCCCCUGUAAAUAUAUACAUAUAUCUUUUUUUCUGCAGCCUCUUUUUCCCUCUGUUUUCAAACCCCAGCCUUCAAUCACUGAAGGUCUGGUCUUCACCGUGUCUAAAGACACAUCCUGGUACUUCAGGUGCUGGACUUCUUCACUGACUACUGUGCUGUCGUGUGACCAAAUGAAGUGGAAAAACUUGAUCGUAACACUAACUGUUGGGGAGUUGUUUUUGUCUGUUUGUCUUUGUCUGCGUGGGAUGCCGUAUCUGUGGGUGGGUGGCGGGGAUCGGGGGGGCGCUGUUUGAAGGAGAUAAAUAUUUUAGAAGUUGACUGUUUUUUUUUGUUUUUCAAUUGUUGCUGCUUGACGGAAGAUGUUUGUUACUCACAGCCAUUGUGUAUUUUUUUAGACCUGUGUCGUGGAGCUGAUGAUGUAACUGUCACGGUGAACAGUACUAGUCCAGAUGUGCCCAUUCCAGUGAACACUAUUCAGGUGCAGCAAUAACACUAGGAACUAGGGAUGUCCGAUUUUAUCAGUCAGCUAAAAAUAUUGGCCCGAUAUUAGCAUA